AAAAGAGAAUUUUUGACUUGCUACAGAUUGUUUAAUGUUUCUCAUAACCUUUAUGAUAUGUAAGGAUCAUAAAUUAAAAUCAUUCAAAAAUGUUUUAAUUCCCUUCUGUCUGUACUUGGCUAGGUUCCCACGACCCAGAGAACAGUAGUAGCACUUUUCCUUUGUUUCACUUAUGCCAUCUUUAUUUACUCUUAAAUUGGGACUCACAGGAUUAUGAGAUAAUAAAGGCAAGUGUGAUGAUUGAGGCAAAACAGUAACAAGGAGGAGGAGAUAGGGUAUAAGAUGUUAACAGAGGAUUUGAUGAAUGGUUUUAGGGAGCUAGGAAUAUGGAGCUGGGGAUAGUGGUAGCUGCAACCAUAGGAAAAUAGCCAUGCUGAACUGUACUGAGGAGAUGUGUUCUCAAUCUUUUGGUAGGCUCUGGCAACCUAUAUGUGUCAUAUUAUUUUAAACCCUUUACAGUAAGAUGGUAAGAAAUUUGGAGACAUUGAACUCAUAUGAAAAUUAAAUGUAUGUUCACAUUUAUUUGCCUCUGGCAUAUAGUUCCAAAAUCUAUAGAAGAUUUAAAUACUUUUUCUAAGGAUUCUGAUCCUAAAAAAAAAAAAAAAUCAAGGACACUUGCUUACUUAGAAAGUACUGUUGGAGUUGCCAGGUACUGUACUUUCUACAGUUAACCUUGACUGUGAUCUUAUAUCUACAGUCUAGGAUUAAGAGAAAAGCACUGUCUUUUUCUUUGGUUUCUAAGCAUCCCAUCUCUUAACACAGUCUGUUUAUUAGCAAGUGCUCCUUUACCUACAUUCGGCCUUUUAGUUAAAAAAGUGGGGGGAGAGGGGAUGGAAGGGAGAGUGCCAGAAUAAUAGUCACAAAACUCCUGUGUUGAAGUUAUGCAUUUCAAUUAGAUUUUUAUUGAUUUUCUCAUUUCCUAAUCUUUACAAAAGGAUGGAGCACAGCAAGAAAGAAGUGCCAGCUGAGAAGCUGAUGUUUCAGUGGGAUACUCAUCAGAAUUGCUACAAAACUUCUGCUAGAUUUUGUGUGUUAUAUGCUAAUAAAGAAGCAUAUAAACCUGAUGUGGUAACAUAUACCUGACCCAGCACUUGGGAAGUGGAGGAGAGGAUUGUGAGUUUCAGACCAGCCUGGGCUACAUAGUAAGACCGUAUCUCAAACAAAAGAAGACAAAACAAAAAACAAAGAUGACAAUGAAGCCUGUGUAUAUUAAUAUGUCACAGUAAGGCUCCAGACCCAGUUCCUGGACCUGCCCUGGAAAAGAAGUAUCCAGUAGAGAUGAGCUCACUGCAGUUACUUAAUUAAAAAUUUGUAAGCUGCAAAAAUGGCAAUGGGCCAACCAAGAACAGCUACAAUUUUGAAUUUUUCUAUUUCCAGAAAAUGCUUGGACAGAAGAGAUGAGUACUAAUUCUACUAAGGCCUAGAAUUGCCUACUGUACAAAUAGUCCUGAGCAGGCAAUAUACGAAUGGCCCAAGGAAGCCACCAAAUUGAUUUUCAGGUUUUACAUGACCUGCGACAAAAAUUCCCUGAAGUACCUGAAGUUGUUGUAUCCAGGUGUAUGUUACAGAAUAAUAAUAACCUGGAUGCCUGCUGUGCUGUUCUCUCUCAGGAGAGUACAAGGUAUCUUUAUGGUGAAGGAGACCUGAAUUUUUCGGAUGAUUCUGGAAUUUCUGGUCUACGCAAUCACAUGACUUCUCUCAACUUGGACUUGCAGUCACAGAAUGUUUACCACCAUGGAAGAGAAGGGGGUAGAAUGAAUGGAAGUAGGACUUUAACACACAGCAUUAGUGAUGGACAGCUUCAAGGUGGUCAGUCCAAUAAUGAACUAUUUCAGCAGGAGCCACAGACAGCACCAGCUCAUGUUCCUCAAGGCUUUAAUGUUUUUGGAAUGUCCAGUACAUCUGGUGCUUCAAACUCAACACCACAUCUUGGAUUUCACCUAGGCAGCAAAGGAACACCUAACCUUUCUCAACAAACUCCCAGAUUUAAUCCCAUCAUGGUAACUUUAGCCCCAAAUAUCCAGACUGGUCGUAAUACUCCUACAUCCUUGCACAUACAUGGUGUACCUCCACCUGUACUUAAUAGUCCACAGGGAAAUUCUAUCUAUAUUAGGCCUUAUAUUACAACUCCUAGUGGUACAACUCGACAGACACAACAGCAUUCUGGGUGGGUAUCUCAGUUCAAUCCCAUGAACCCUCAACAAGUCUAUCAACCUUCGCAGCCUGGUCCUUGGACUACUUAUCCCUCAUCUAAUCCUCUGCCACAUACCUCAGCCCAGCAGCCAAAUCAGCAAGGCCACCAGACCUCCCAUGUCUACAUGCCCAUCAGUUCACCUACUACUCCACAACCGCCAGCAGUUCAUUCAUCUGGUAGCUCACAGUCUUCUGCCCAUAGCCAAUACAACAUUCAGAAUAUUUCAACAGGACCUCGAAAAAACCAGAUCGAAAUCAAACUUGAACCCCCACAAAGAAACAGUUCUUCAAAAUUGCGCUCUUCUGGACCUCGAACCUCCGGCAGUUCCUCUUCCAUCAACAGCCAGACCUUAAGUAGAAAUCAGCCCACUGUUUACAUAGCUGCCAGUCCUCCAAAUACUGAUGAGAUGAUCUCCCGUAGUCAACCUAAGGUCUACAUUUCAGCUAAUGCUGCCACAGGAGAUGAACAGGGCAUGCGGAAUCAGCCUACUCUCUUCAUAUCCACAAAUUCUGGAGCAUCUGCUGCCUCCAGGAAUAUGUCUGGGCAAGUGAGCAUGGGUCCAGCCUUUAUACAUCACCACCCUCCCAAAAGUCGAGCAAUAGGCAGUAACUCUGCAACUUCUCCUCGAGUGGUGGUCACUCAACCCAACACAAAAUAUACUUUCAAAAUUACAGUUUCUCCCAAUAAACCCCCUGCAGUUUCACCAGGGGUGGUGUCCCCUACCUUUGAACUUACAAAUCUUCUAAGUCAUCCUGAUCAUUAUGUAGAAACAGAGAAUAUUCAGCACCUCACGGACCCUACCUUAGCACAUGUGGAUAGAAUAAGUGAAGCACGGAAAUUGAGUAUGGGAUCUGAUGAUGCUGCCUAUACACAAGCUCUGUUGGUACACCAGAAGGCCAGAAUGGAACGACUUCAAAGAGAACUUGAGAUUCAAAAGAAAAAGUUGGAUAAACUAAAAUCUGAGGUCAACGAAAUGGAAAAUAAUCUAACACGAAGGCGCCUGAAAAGAUCAAAUUCCAUAUCCCAAAUACCUUCACUCGAAGAAAUGCAGCAGUUGAGAAGUUGUAAUAGACAACUCCAGAUUGACAUUGACUGCUUAACCAAAGAAAUUGAUCUUUUUCAAGCCCGAGGACCACAUUUUAACCCCAGCGCUAUUCAUAACUUUUAUGACAAUAUUGGAUUUGUAGGUCCUGUGCCACCAAAACCCAAAGAUCAGAGGUCCACCAUCAAAACACCAAAGACUCAAGACACAGAAGAUGAUGAGGGCGCUCAGUGGAAUUGCACUGCCUGUACUUUUUUGAACCAUCCAGCCUUAAUCCGCUGUGAACAGUGCGAGAUGCCACGGCAUUUCUGAGCCAGAAGGCCCUAUGUCUUCUCUAAAACCGUAUCUAAAAUUCAAGAAACUAGUCUGUCAUCGGGGAAAAGUUUCACUGCUGCAUAGGAUUUUGUCAAAUUGAAGGUGUGACAAGAUGGUGGUGUGCUAACGUUAAGUGUCAGCCACAGAGCUAAUCAUACCUCAGCAUCACAUCCUGGGCAGUUGAAGCUCAUCACAUGAAAGGCGCAGUCGCCUGCUGCCUGACCACGUGCAGUGUUGCCAGGAACCCACUGUGGAUGUUCCUCGCUAUGUUAAUGCCUCGGUGUUCCAACACUUUUUCAAAACCCUCCUGUCACUACUGAAUUUUGACAGGAGGAAGAAAGAACCAGAGCUUUCGUUUUGUUUUCUUUUUAAAGCUUUCAGUGAAACACUACAUACACAAAGAGAAGGAACAAGGUUUAACUAUUUAAAAACUGUUCGCGGCCUCAUUGUGCCUACGGAUAGGGGAAGAACUUCAUAGAUCUGUGGUACUCUUAGCCUUGUCUUUGUCUUCCCUGAAAACGUCUCUGUGAAGCCAGCAUUGAGGGUCUGAAGAUGAAAAGGAAAGCACGCAUCGUCUAUACAAAUAUGCAGUGAAAUACCCCAAACCUUUUCCUACUGUACAGAGCUCUCAAGUCUGCUCUUACGUGAUUUCUUCUUGAUUAUUUUCUUGUAUUUCUAUAUGUAUAGUGUAAUAGCCUUUUGUUAACUAAUUUUCUUUUUUCCUAUUAGUGAUUAAGCACGAUCAUGCCUUACCUGAAAGAAGCAGUGUCGUAAAAUAAAAAAGCAUUAAUGAAACAAAACUAUGCACAGAAUAACUUUCCUCUGCUCAUUCUGUACUUUGCCCUCUUAGGUGCCAAUGUUCUGUGAAAACAUACAGUGCUGCACAGUGAAUUGCAGAAAAUAGUACAAUAAUGUUGGCAGGUUGCAUGCUGUGUACUGGCUGUAGCAGUGGGUACGACACAGUGCGUUGUCUGCCACGGGGAAGCAUGAAACAAAAGGUAUUUUUAACCCACUGCCAGAGCUUGCUCCAUCUGCUUGGUGCCCCACAGAACUUUCGUAAGAGAUUAUUAUUGGGAAGUACAGUUUCAAAACCAGCAACAGCAGCAGUAGCAACAGCCCUUAUUUCGGAAAGAAGUUUAAAUGCUUUACUGUUGGAAUGAUCCAUUUCCAAACCUGACUUGUGGCAGUAUCAUGUAUAUUUAUAAAACAAGGCUAGUCAUAAUUUAGGACAACUGAAGAAAAGCUGGAAAAAAGAGAGAAAAGCAAACUUGAACACUGAAGCAACCUCAAACAUCUCUAUUUUGAUGAUAUAUUUUUGUAAGGAAAGUAUUUAGAUGAUCAGGAAUGUAUAUAACUAAAUGAAACCAAGAAAAACAUAACAGUAUACAUUUUAAAAGAAUUAUGGAAUUAUAUAUCAGUGCUUAGAAUGGGGCUGAGGGAAGUGCUGAAAUACAGCAAAAGAGCCAAUAAUAUAGACUGUCACCACAGUAAAUGUUUGCAAGUGGCUGUGUUUUAAAUAAGCAGAAUUACUAUGGACGUAUCUGUGAAUGUCAGAGCCUUGGUUUCAGGCUUGGCAUUAUGUAUAUGGAAAGAAAUACGAAAUCCUAGUUAACUAGACAAUAAACCCAAAGCCCUUAUAUUUGAUGCAUUUUGUUUUAAAAGUAGGCCUUGUUUUUCAGCUUCAUCUGCAGUUCUAUGUGAAGAUUGACAAAUCAGUUUUUACUUGUUUUAUUAAUAAAACGUAAUUUGGAUAUCUUGAGUUAAUGGUUUUGUGAUUUAGCUGGGUAAACUAUCUUUGUAACAGAUAAGUUAUUUAUAAAAAUUAAAAAACUUAUAUUCUAAUGUGGA